AUGUCUGAGUCAGAUGAUGUCCUACUGAGAAUCACUGAGGGUCAUAAAACCACUCUGAAAAACAAAUAUGAGUUUUUACAUGAAGGUAUCACACUGAAAGAAAACCGAACCCUCCUCAACAGCAUUUACACAGAGCUCUACAUCGUAGAGGGAGAGAGUGAAGGAGUGAAUGAGAAACAUGAGGUUUUACAGAUUGAAACAGCAUCCAGGACAGAGGAUUCUCAAGAUAAACCAAUCAGCUGCAAUGACAUCUUCAAACCCUUGUCAACCAACCAAACUAAAGAGGACAAAGAAACCUUGUCUAAUCAGGAACCUGGAAAGGACAGACAAAAGCCAGAAAUCAGAACUGUACUCACCAAGGGCAUCGCUGGAAUUGGGAAAACAGUUUCUGUGCAGAAAUUCAUUCUGGACUGGGCAGAGGGAGUGACCAAUCAGGACAUUGAUUUCAUGUUGGUUCUUCCUUUUCGAGAGCUGAACUUGGUAAAAGAUGAUCAGUUCAGUCUUCAUGGACUCCUGCUAGAGUUUCACUCAGAGCUGAAAGACUUGGAUCCAAAGAAAUAUAAUGAUUGUAAAAUACUGUUCAUCUUUGAUGGUUUAGAUGAAAGUCGGCUUCAGAUGAAUUUUUCUGAGACGCUGUGUGAUGUGACCACAACAUCAUCAGUGAACAAACUGAUAUCAAACCUCAUUCAAGGAAAUCUUCUUCCCUCUGCACUCAUCUGGAUAACCUCCAGACCAGCAGCAGCCAGUCAGAUCCCCUCUCAGUUCAUCAGCCGUGUGACAGAAGUCCAAGGAUUCAAUGAUUCCCAGAAAGAGGAAUACUUCAGAAAAAGAGUCAGUGAUGAGAGUCAAGCCAACAGAAUCAUCUCACACAUCAAGACAUCAGUGAGCCUCCACAUCAUGUGUCACAUCCCAGUGUUCUGUUGGAUUUCAGCCACUGUGCUUCAGGAAAUGCUGUCUCAAGACAAUGUAAAAGAAAUCCCCAAAACUCUGACUGAGAUGUACACACACUUCCUGCUCAUUCAGACUAAAAUGAAGAAGCAGAAAUAUGGAGAGAAAGUUCAGACAGACUCAAAGAAUCCUCUGGAAUCAAGCAAGGAGAUCUUUCUGAAACUUGCUAAACUGGCUUUUAAUCAGUUGCUGAGGGGAAAUAUCAUGUUUUAUGAUGAUGAUCUGAGAGAAUGUGGCAUUGAUGUGAGUGAAGCCACAGUGUACUCUGGGAUUUGUACUGAGAUCUUUAAGGAGGAAUCUGUGCUUCACCAGAGGAAGGUCUACUGCUUUGUGCAUCUGAGUAUUCAAGAGUUCUUUGCUGCUCUCUAUGUGUUUAACUGCUAUGUAAACAAAAACAUUGAGGCACUGGAGUAUUUUAUGCCAACAGAGAUCAAUGCAUCAGACAACACAUUUAUGAAGGCACUGAGCUCUUUUCUGCUUAGAGUGAAGCCAAAAAAUGUUCCCUUGGUUGAGCUGCUGAAGAAAGCUGUAGAUAAAUCUUUGGAGAGUAAGGAUGGACGUCUCGAUCUGUUUGUCCGCUUCCUUCAUGGCAUCUCACUGGAGUCCAACCAGAAACUCCUACAAGGCCUGCUGACACACACACAGAACAACCAGGAGAGCAUCGUGGAUAUAAGCCGUUACAUCAAAGAGUUAAAUAAAGAUGGUGUCCCACCUGAGAGAUGGAUCAAUCUACUGCACUGCCUGACUGAAAUGAAUGAUUGCUCUCUCCAUGCAGAAAUUCAAGCUCUCGUCAAGUCUGAAAAUUACAGAACCAAACUCUCACUUGCACACUGCACAGCACUGGCCUACAUGUUUCUGAUGUCAGAGGAGGUGCUGGAUGAGUUUGACCUGAAGAAAUACAACACAUCAGAUGAGGGUCGUAGGAGACUGCUCCCAGCUGUGAGGUGCUGCAGAAAAGCUCUACUCAGAGACUAUAAUCUCACUCAGCAGUCCUGUGAAGCUGUAGCCUCAGCUCUGACGUCAGUGAACUGUCCCCUGAGAGAACUGGACCUGAGUAACACUGGUCCUCAGGAUUCAGGAGUGAUGAUGCUCUGUGCUGCACUAAAGAAUCCAAACUGUAAACUGGAAAUACUGAGACUUGCUGGUUGUAAACUCACUGAACAGUCCUGUGAAGCUGUAGCCUCAGUUCUACAGUCAGUAAACUGUCCCCUGAGAGAACUGGACCUGAGUAACAAUGACCUUCAGGAUUCAGGAGUGAAGAUGCUCUGUGUGGGACUGGAAGAUCCACACUGUGAACUGGAGAUACUAAGACUUGCUGGUUGUAAACUCACUGAACAGUCCUGUGAAGCUGUAGCCUCAGUUCUACAGUCAGUAAACUGUCCCCUGAGAGAACUGGACCUGAGUAACAAUGACCUUCAGGAUUCAGGAGUGAAGAUGCUCUGUGUGGGACUGGAAGAUCUACACUGUAAGCUGGAGACACUGAGACUUGCUGGGUGUAAACUCACCGAACAGUCCUGUGAAGCUGUAGCCUCAGUAAACUGUCCCCUGAGAGAACUGGACCUGAGUAAAAAUGACCUUCAGGAUUCAGGAGUGAAGAUGCUCUGUGUGGAACUGAAGAAUCCUCACUGUAAACUGGAGAUAAUGAGACUUGCUCUCUGUAAUCUCACUCAGAAGUCCUGUUCAUGUCUAGCCUCAGUUCUACAGUCAGUAAACUGUCUCCUGAGAGAACUGGACCUGAGUAACAAUGACCUUCAUGAUACAGGAGUGAAGCUGCUCUCUGCUGGACUGAAGAAUCCGCACUGUAAACUGAAUGUACUUAGGCUUUCUGGCUGUUUAGUGACAGAGGAAGGCUGUUCUUCUCUGGCUUCAGCUCUGAGUUCAAACCCCUCACACCUGAGAGAACUGGAUCUGAGCUACAAUCACCCAGGAGACUCAGGAGUGAAGCUGCUCUCUGAGAGAAAGAAGGAUCCACACUGUGGACUGGACACACUCAAUGUGGACCAUGGAGGAGGAUUCAGGAUCAAACCAGGAUUAAGGAAAUAUGCCUGUGAUCUCACACUGGACCAAAACACAGCACACACAGACCUCUCUCUGUCUGAGGGGAACAGAAAGGUGACAUAUAUGAGAGAGAAUCAGUCGUAUCCUGAUCAUCCAGAGAGAUUUGAUAACUGGCCUCAGGUCAUGUGUAGAGAGAGUCUGACUGGACGCUGUUACUGGGAGACUGAGUGGAGUGGACGUGCUGAUAUAUCGGUGACAUAUAAAGGAAUCAGGAGGAAAGGAGAGAGUAAUGACUGUGGGUUUGGAUACAAUGAAAAGUCCUGGAGACUGUGGUGUUCUGGUAACAGUUACACUGCCUGUCACAAUAAUCAGAGAACUGAAAUACCUGCCCCUCUCUCACACACACACAGAGUAGGAGUGUAUCUGGACUGGUCGUCUGGAACUGUGUCCUUCUAUAACGUCUCCUCUGACACACACACACUCACACACUUACACACAUUCCACUCCUCAUUCACUGAACCCCUCUAUCCAGGGUUUGCUAUUCAUUAUUAUGACUCCACAGUGUCUCUGUGUCAGAUAAAAUAA